CUGAGCCGGAGUGCAACGCCGGCCGUGCCGGAGGGGCGGGACACACAUACACCUCGCCGCGGUACCGGCGGGGGUAGCGCUAGAGGAGCGAUGAGAGAGGCAGGGGAAGAUUGCCUUCCUUGGCCGCCUCAUGCACAGCCGCCCGCGGGACGCCCCCUCAGGGCGCCGGCUUCCCCGCGGCCGCGGAGAAGGGCUCGCCUCUGGCAAGGUCCAAGUUUUCAAACCCAGAGACUGGAAGUUCAGUUUACUCUGUGGCUGGAAAGAAGCCCUACUCUGUCCUAUGACACGAGAGCAGUAUAUAUUAGCAACACAACAGAACAACCUUCCAAGGACUGAACAUCCUCAGUUUUACCCAGUAGGGAUUUAUGGAUGGCGAAAGAGGUGCUUAUACUUCUUUGUCCUUCUGCUGUUGGUUACCAUGAUUGUUAAUUUAGCAAUGACAAUAUGGAUUUUGAAGGUUAUGAAUUUCACAGUGGAUGGAAUGGGAAAUUUGAGAGUCACUAAAAAAGGAAUACGACUUGAAGGAAUAUCUGAAUUUCUACUUCCACUAUAUGUGAGAGAAAUCCAUUCCCGAAAGGAUAGCCCACUGGUCUUACAGUCUGACAGAAAUGUAACAGUGAAUGCAAGAAAUCACAUGGGACAGUUAACUGGACAACUGACAGUAGGAGCUGAUGCUGUGGAAGCUCAGUGUAAGAGAUUUGAAGUGAGAGCAAGUGACAGUGGAAAAAUAUUGUUUUCUGCAGAUGAAGAUGAGAUUGUCAUUGGAGCUGACAGACUGAAAGUAACAGGCACGGAAGGGGCAGUGUUUGGGCACUCUGUGGAGACACCCCAUAUCAGAGCAGAACCUUCCCAAGACCUCAAACUUGAAUCUCCUACUAGAUCUUUGGUGAUGGAAGCACCCAGGGGAGUGCAAGUCAACGCAGCUGCAGGAGACUUAAAGGCCACCUGUAGGAAAGAACUGCACUUACAAUCCACAGAAGGGGAGAUAUUUUUAAACGCAGAUACAAUCCGCCUGGGAAAUCUACCAGUGGGGUCCUUUUCAUCCUCCUCCUCCUUCUCCUCCUCCUCCUCACCCAGCUCUUCAGCUCCUCGCCAGACUAUCUAUGAGCUCUGUGCUUGUCCCAAUGGUAAACUUUACCUGUCCCCAGCAGGAGCAGCCUCCACAUGUCAAUCCAGUAGCAACAUCUGCUUGUGGAGCUAGAAUGACUCCAUUUUAUCCACACACCAGAAUAGCCUUUUGUUACUUCCCUCUGCUUCACAGUUCAGUUUGGUUUCCCUUGUGACAAGUCCGACGCUCCAAAGGGCCUGCAGAGCAACUUCUUCCACUGCAAGCAGGAGUACGGCGCUGCCUCCUCUUGUGGUCUGUGCUGCCCCUCAACACAGAGAUGGGAGAGAGAUAACCAGAAAACAAUGUAUUCUUCAUCAGGAAACCUAGAACAUAUGAUCACCUUAUUUUCCAAAAGGAACAAUAACACAGGUGCCUUUGCUACUUGAAGUGAAGCACAUAGUUUUAGAUUUUUGCAGGACCUGGAUAUGAACUGCUCAUAAAUAUAUAUCUAGAGAGACAGAGAGACAGAGUAUAUUAAUUUACCCAGAAUCUGAUGGUGAGAUUAAUUGGUUCCCCCUGUAUGAUAAAUAACUUUACUGUCUGAAAGCACAAUUUUCCAUUCAUCUUUUUGAAGUAAACUUUUAUCCCUGAAUUUUAAAAUUUUAAAGCAUUGUGUGAUGCUUGCUUUACUAAACAAAUUCAGUAAACGGUUUUUAAUACAAAAAGAGACAAAAUUCCUCCCUGAGUUUGGUUUCUUUAAAAAAGUGUUGUUACUAUUUGUCUACUAAGUCUAGGGUUUUGUACACUAGGUAAAUUCUGGAAAUGCUCAGCAAUAUUCCUUUAAAAAAAAAAGACAUGUUUUUGUUUGUCAGAUCUGAAUGACCUUAUAUAAUAUUUUUGUGGCCACUGCAUGUGAAGCAAUUGCUUUAAGUCGAACAUAUGGUUUCUGGAAAAGAAGACCCGGGUAAAGAAGGAAAUUCUGAUGAUAUGUUUUUUGAUCAGUGUAUUGCUCUUCACAAGGUUCUCAUAAUUGGUAAAUACAAAACCAUGGGAGAAAUCUUCAAAGGUACAUCUUGCCCAUUUUCUGACUGUCUGCUGCCACUUGAACACAGUACAAACAUUGGUAGUAAUGUAACGUGGUGCUGAGAUGCAGUGCACUAACAACUUGUAUGACAUUCACAUUUAUUAUUCUCUUUUGUUUACCAUCUGUUGCUGAAGUUUCAAAGUAAUAGUAGUAUAUAUAGAACCACAUAUUAAAUGACAUUCGGUAUUAAAUAGUAUGUCAAUAUUACAUUACCUUUAUCAGGUCUGUGUUUAAAUUAUGCAGCCACAUUUGCACUCAGAUCUCACUACUGACUUUCUAUUUUGACAAGUUUCAUGUGGGAUUUAUUUCUUGUAUCAAUGUUCAUACUUAUUCGGCUUCAUCGUUAAUUGAAAUUUUAUAAAAAAUGCUUUGGUAUGCUGCUGGUAAAUUUGGCACAGCAUUGAUUAACAAGAGUAUCUUGAAACUUGCAGAGCCCAGAAAAGUAAAACAAUAUAAAAAUAUUUCGUAUUGUGGAAGAUGGCUUGAUUGUGUGAGGUAAGUGUGCUUUUUAACUCUAUUCUUUAUAUUACAUCACCUAGCUUGUAUUUUUGGAGACUUUUGGAUCUAAGAUCACCAAUGAAAUAAGAGCUUUUGCAAAGUAAUUCUAAGGCCGGGAGAGAUGGUGCAAGGUGGGUAUUUCUACACACAUUUUUUUUUAAAUAUAUUUUGAGAGAAAAAAAAAAUGAAAAUGAGCUAACUAGUAUGAUGAUUGCCAUGGCAUCUUACUACAACCUGAUAAAAUUAACUUUGUUUUCAGUUCAGGUGAAAUUCACUCCUAUGCAGAAGACCAGCACAAGACAUGUGAAUGGCUUGACUGGUGCUUGCCUUACCAGUGGCCCUCUUCAGAGGUGUGAAUUUUAACCCAUAGCAAGAAUUCUGUAUUUGCUUGUUUUAACAGUUAAAUGAAAGUUUUGAAUUUAUUCCUUUAUGUAUUCAAAAGAAGGCUGUUAACAGCUGAUUUGUUGUCUCUUUGAUGUUUUUCUUCUUUGAAAUAAAAUAUACUAGAAAAUAUUGAAAGAAAAUAUAUUAGAAUAUGAGGAUUUUUCAGAUAGUCAGAGGGAUAAAAAGAGUUACAGAUUACAAAGAAGAUGACAAUAAAACAUGAAAAAGUGUAGCCAUACAAUACACCCUUAUUGUAUGUAGGGAUAUGGAUGUCUUUUUCUUAUGCACACAAGUAAUAGAAUGGUAGAGUGAUAGUCAUGAAUUUCAGGAAGAAACAUAUAAAGAUAUCUAUGAGGACACAUCUAUGUGUAUUCAUUAUCUGUGCACAUCUACAUACACCUGUUGCUUAAAAGAUGAACAAAUAUAGUGACUAAUCUAUUUGGUGAAUUAAAAUGGGGCUUCCCACAAAUUGCAUAAAGGUAAGCCAAGGAGUUUUUUUCUCCUCAAAUAAACCUGCAAGAUGACUUGCAGAUCCUUUGUCAUGAAUUUUCCACUAAAAAUAUCCUAUUUGUUUGUUCUUCACUUUCUGAGAUUAUUUUCCUGUUAUUUGUUUAAAAAAGGUUUCUGUUCACUGGAUGGGAGGACCCAAUCUUAAUAAAUUUUGCGCCAACUUGGUUGGGAAUGGGCAGGUAGGAAGAAAACUCUUGCUACUAGAUUAAUUUUAACAGCAAGACUGAAAUAAUUUGCCACUUUGUGUGAAGAGAACUAAGAGAUAAAUGGAUAGUACCUCGGACUCCAAAAAUCCAACCCAGUAAGUUCACUUAGCUCUGCACUGUCAGAAUAUUCUUUAUUGGAGUCCAAUCAAUAUGAAGUAGAGCAUAUUUAUGAGCUUCAACAACCUGUGAGAUAGAAUAACAAGUUCUCAUAAAGUCUUAAUAUUCUGUUGAAUUUCAUAAUGUUGAUUUUUUUUCUUUAAAUCAAUUGAAAACUGUAAUAAGGGGAGAAAUAAGUUUGUAUUUUAAAAAGUAUUUUUAGCCCACAUGACUUCAAGGAGUAUUCAAAAAGUGAUUUCAAUACAUUAACCAUACUAAAAAAUUAAGAUGCUGUUCUUAUGAUAGCAAUGAAAUAUCUGCAAAGACCUUAUUGGCUACAUGUAUUCAAUAUAUAUGAUGGAUUUAUCUCCUGUAAAAAAUAUUUGUGUCAUAUUAUAGGAUGCUGUCUAUUUCUUGUUAAAAAAAAAAAAAAAAGAGAGAAAAGUGAAAGCAUCACCCAACCUCUCUGAGCACUGUCAGCUGUAUGGUUUGUAUUGCAGUUCAUUCAUUGGUUAAGUGUUAAGACCAAAGACAGACACUUCUAUUAUAUCCAACACUAUGACACUGUUGUUUCUACUAAUUCUGUUGGAAUGAAGAGAUGAAAAGUUGUAAUUACAACAUGAAAUGUAACAUAGUUUAGAUUUGUGCAGCAUUUUGAGCUGUAGAUUUUCACUUUUUUCCAGGGUUUAAAUUUUUUGUCAGUGUCUUGCAAUUACAUUAAUAUUUAUGCAUAAGGGGGGUCUUUUGGUGCUCCUAAGAAAACAUACAUUGCUGCUUUGAAUUGAAGUUAUACUGGUUUGCUUGCAAAAAUGGCUUGAUUGGAUAAAAGAAUUCACUUUCGACCAUUUUAGAUGCAGAGGGUUAUUAAGUCUGGAAGAUAGAGCCAUAAAUGUCUGGAGGGAUUUAAUGAAGGAUGUUUGAGAUAUUUGGUUGCUAACAUAAUGUAUCUUUUAGGGACGGGGUUGUUUUAUUUGUUUUGCUUUGUUUUUAGAUUCUAAAUAAUUGCUAAAUAAAAAACAAGUUAAAAAUCCACAAACUUUGGACUACGGAAUUGUUAUCAGCUGAUUCACUGUAAUGCGCGUGAAAGCUGGAUCAAAAUCUGAGCGUUGUAUUGUUCCAAACACUACUCAGUAAAGGUCUGCUAACCAUUUUUGUUUUGUAACCUUCAUGUUAAUGGUUCUCUUGUGUAUAGAAGUAUAUAUAAAAAGAUGGGAACUAUUUUCUUACACAUACUAUGCAAUAUGUUUGUAGAACUGCAAUAUUACCAAAAUUACAAAAGCUGUGCUUUUGUACUCUUUUGCUUUAUGUAAAACAAAUCUUUUUUCUAUUUAAUGAACUGUCUUAAAAUUGUGGAUAACAUUAUUCAAAAGCAGUACUCUGAAAAUUUUAAGACUUUUAUUUUAUUUACCUUUGAUUUUAUUUUUUUAAUGAAAAUAAUAGCAAGGUUUUGGAAGUUGGAAAUUGUUUUUUCUUGGAAAGCUAUAACUUUUUCUGCAUGUAAUUAACACUCAGUUUAAAACAUCUCCUGUACUUCUUUCAUUUGGUAUUAGCAUUUCCAUCUGGUGCUACCAUAUAACCAUAAAUAAUUGUGAUACAUUAAAUAGGAAACAUAUCAGAACUAAUUCCAAGAAUAAUCAAACAGGAAUCCUGCUAAGGGUGAGGAGAACAUAUAGAAUGGCUGAUGAGAAACUUUUAGAAUUUCUGGGGUUUCUUUAUAGAUUUUUUUUGUUAGUUUGAGUUUCCUUACCUCUGUCUACAUUAGCAACAUGGUAAUAGCUUUAAUUUGUUUUUCAAUUGUUUUGUCCUCAUGCACAGACUAUAAUACAGUUUUAUUUCAAAAAUUUUUUGUAAACAACAGACACUGCAUUUAAAUGCAGUACUUAUGUUAGGAAAACCCAAUUUUAAAGAAGUAUAGGCUUUAUUUAUACAGCAGCAUUAGUAAUGUUUAAAUUACGGUGCUGCUAUAUCAUCUACCAUAAAAGCAUAUUGCACUUCUCAAGUUCCAUUGAGAAUAAUCUUAAACUGCAUAUUCAUGUUUAAAAUGCACUGUUUACAAGCCACUUGAGAAUUACAGAGUCAUGUAAAAGGUUUUGUGGUGGUGUCACCAAUGCAGAAAAAUGCUCUCUGUGCUUACCCUGGGCAGUGUCGGUGCUGGUAACAGCACAGCUUUGCAACAGGCUCAGACAAAAAGCAAGGUGAGCAUUUAGUGGGUCUGUUUACACUGAACUUGCUGCCAUAUUAUGAUUUCAUCAAUACCCAGACAGCAACUCACUUCACAAUGCCUAAAAAAUCAGUAAUUUCUGUACAAGAGCAACAGUUGCAUAGAACCAUCAGUAAUAUAGACUGAUAAGUCUCAAGUGACUAAAACAUGAUAGCUGAUACAGCAAGAAAAAAUAUUCUUAGCCAUUUUACUCAGGGUUGGACUAGUCCAGUCUGGGGAAACUACUGCCAAUAAAAGAGAAGUAGAAAAUAAGUGAAAAAAAAUCCACCAUAUGCAUCAUGCUGAUUCAACAGAGCCCACACUGAGACAAAUUUAAUACAAGCUCUCUAUGUAAAAUAUAGUUAUGUCUCCUCUGAAAGUUGGAACUGAGCUUCAGAUUAUGUUGUUUGAAUUUGAAAGUAUUACUUGCUCUUUCAGCAAUGCAUUUCUUAUACAGGCCAGGACAGGAAUAGUGUCAGAAGAGCUGAGGUAAAAUCUUAUACUGUAUAUCCAGUCUGAUCAGAGUCCAUUAACCACAAUAAAAUCUAGCCUACUUAACUAAGAAAAAAAAAAUUGAAAUUUGAAACUUUUGCUGAGUUUUGGGAAAACUUUAAGUGGAUUUCACCCUUUUACAGAGUGUCCAGCUCUAAAAGAGUCUUCAAUUCUGACAUGUUGAAGAAAUGACAGCAAUUUAUAUUAAAAAAUUUGGCCUUGGGGCUAACCAGCUUCAUUUAAUGCAUUACUUGAUCUAGGAAGCAAAAGUUGCUUUUAGUCACAUGUAUGCCCCUUUGUUUGAGAGACCCACAAGGGAGAAGUUCAGCUUUCAGCAUCACCUAGAGCACAGUGUAAAGUAGGACUUAAGCAUAAGAGAUGCAUUACUGAUAGCAAGAUGUAUUGCUUUAUGUGCUCUAUGAUAUUUUGAGAGCUUGCAUACAGUCAUUCUUUACCACUGAGAGAUCUGCAUUCUAGCACAACAACUUAUUUCUAAGUAUAUAUUUCAGAACAGAAAUUGUUUUCUUUCUAGGGGAUGUUUACUCAGUUUUCUUGUCCCAAACACUGCAACAAUUAGUAAGUCAGAUCCUCCUUAUUAACUCCCACCCACUCUUAACUCUUCAGCUGAACUUCAGUUGUCUCCUUAAGCAUCCUCCUUUCUUCACAAAUAACAAUAGUUUAGGCAACAAAAAGACUUUUGCUGUCUCUUUAUUAGGAUGCUACCUGUGUGACUUACUUAAACUGGGUCAAGGAGAAGGUUAUUUGCUUUGUUACAGCAGAAUUUAUAUAAGAAGGAAGACACACAUAGGUAAAUAACAUUUUUAGUCUAUCUUACUGGAAUGAUACUUCUAGAGUGAAAGAUUUUAGACUAUAGGCUCCUUAACAACUUUUUUUUUCUCAGAUGUUUUGUCAUUCAAUUAAUGUAUUUAAAAUGCCAUAAAAUAAAAAUGCAAAUUAUCCAAUCCUGUCAAUUUUUUUAAUAGAAAAUGAAUCACUGAGCUCAUUAUUUGUCCCUCUUUACCAAUGUGCUUAUUUAUGUUCACAAAUCUGAAAAAAAAAAAAAAAAAACAGAGCUAAAAUGUUAAAUAGGAUAAAGAUAACUAUUUAAAACCCCUAUUAAACAGAAUGUUGUUCUUUUUAGUUCAUGACUGACAUUCUCAUUCAUCCUUGAUAAAUUAAUGCUCUGAUUUCUUAUACAGUGGCAAGCUUUCUGUUAUUUUGUACAAUCUCUGGAAGAUAGGAAACCCCUGAUGAUAAAGGAAAUAGAAUAACUGAACAGUAUUGAAAGAAACAUCUGUGAUAAUAUUCCCCAUGCUACUAUGGAACUCAAAAAGAUAUGGGGGCAUUUACUCAUGUAAGGGAAAAGGGUCAUCUAAAUAUUUAAAUAUUGUGAAGAAAAUAGAAUGUUUCCAGCUCCAUGCUCCCCAGGAUAACUGAGAUGCAGUGUUGCAAUAACCUUCGAGAGACAGACAGAAAGGAAAUGGUUUUCUUGAUCUGCAUAGGGAUGUGGAGAACAAUGAGGCACAGGCAGUAAAUCUAAAUUAUCUUGCAACAGUAAAAAGUCAGAAGACUUCUCCCUAGCCCUCAGAGAAAUGGAAAGACAGUCAGGUGAAGAUGUAUCAUACCAUUCUAGGAAUGGUUUGGGUUGAAUGGUUUGGGUUGAAAGGAAUCUUAGAGAGCAUCUAGAUUCAACUCCCCUGCCCUGGGCAGGGCCACCUUCCACUGAACCAGCUUUCUCAAAGCCCCGUAUCCAACCUGACCUUGAACAUUUCCAGGGACACCCACUGGGACACACCAUCCAGGACACUUCUCGGAGAAAUCUGUGCCAGUGCCUCACCAAUCUAAACCUAACCUCAUCAAAUUUAAAGGCAGUAACCCAUGCCCUUGUAAAAGGUCUGUCUUCAGUUUUCAGGUCUGUCUUCUGUCUUUAGGCCAUCAUUAGGUACUGUCUUCCUGGAGCCUUCUCUUCUCCAGGCUGUACAACCCCAGUUGUCUCAGCCUUUCCUCAUAGAAGAGAUGUUCCAUCCCUGUAAUCAUUCUUGUGGCCCUUCUUUGGAACUCACUCCAACAGAUCUGUGAAUUGUUUUUGUAUCUUUAUAUCCUUGAUUUUUUUUUUAAAUCUUUAUUUUCUUGGCUCUUUUAAAAGCCAGCAUCAGGAAGGAGAAAAGCAGUAACCUAGGUAUGAAUAUUGUGCUCCUCAAAUAUAAGGGGACAUUGAACUCUAUGUUUGAAAAUUUAUCUCUGUUUAUGGCAGAAAGAGAUGAAAAUAGGCCAGUACAGUAGGAUGGAUUCAAACCCCAGUAAAGUCAAUAGGAAAUAAUGACAAACUACGUGUCUCUAGAUUAAGUUUUAAAUGUUCAUUAAAGCUUUGUACCAAAAAAAAAAAAAAAAAAAAAAAAAAUUGUCAUAGUCCAUGACUUUUUAUAGUGCAUUUCUAAAAUGCAUCAUUAACAUUAGUGUGAUUUUUCCUCUGUAAAUUGUUCCAGCUUCUAACAGAAAGUACCACUUUGACUCCCUCACAAGGAGAGCUCUAAAUAAUUUUACAAUCUUUAGUCAUUUGUCAAAAACAAAUUAAAAAAUUGUAAGAUGUCCAAAAUGAAUCAUAGAAAAAAAUUAUAAAAAAAUCUACUGCCACUGCCUUUUCAUAUUUUGGCUCAGUGUUUUCCUUGCAGUGGAGGAGUUGCACUGUUUCUGGAAGCAAUAGAUUUGAUAUUCCUGGCCUUCCAACUCACUUUUAAAGAGUCUCUGCAGACCAUGCUGCUUCCCUUCCCUUUUCACAGGGGAGAAAAAUUAGAGAAAUUAAUUCUUUCUAUUGGGCUCCUCCUUGAUUUUUGUUGUGUGUUCUAUCUUUACACUUACCCUAAUCUCUGUUUUUAAGUUUAAAGGGAAUAGAAACAUCUGAUGGCAGCUACUAAGUCUGAUAAUAUUAAUGGCAGCAUGGGGUGGGUUAUUGCUCAAGAUAAUUGUAUGGUAGAGCAAAAUUCAGGAGGAGAAAGGGAGCAUACAAAGAAAAAGCAUGAAAAGAGAAUAAAGGCAUGGGAAAAGAGACAGAGUGGUACUAGUACAGGUUUACUGUUAAAAGGGGAAGAAAGUGCUAAAUAAAUGUUAAAAUUUCUCUUUCCUUCUCUGACCUUGUCAAAUAUAUCAUGUCAAAGUGCAGAAAGCAGGGAAAAGCUCCAGGAUAGCAUUGAUUCAGAAGUCCUUUUCAAGACCAGAAAUUCAAGACCAAAAGACUAUUCAUAGGAACAAGACAGUAAAAACAACAUCAGAAAAUUUAUGUUGCUUCUCUGGCCUCUCUGUGAAGAUAGGCAUAGAUGUGGAAGCUAUAAGCUAUGGAAACUGUAUAGAAGACAGAAAGCUUUAUGUACAAAAAUACAUUUUUUGAAGAAGAAGUCACUGAGGCUUACAUUAGGCUACUGCAGUGUAAAUGGAAAAUAGCUGGAACAAGAAUUAGAAAAUGGAGAAUAGCCUAUAGUCAGUGAGCUUUUGUUUGCUCUUUUGAUUUAAGAGUUUUUCAAGAGGAGGGAUUCUGGACUGUAAGGUAUUUUCUUAUUUCCUUAUUUCUCUUUCCUUUUGUUCUAUUUUAUUUUCCAAACACAGCAUCUGAGAACAAAGAGACUCAUGCUGUGAUUUCACAUCAGUCAAGAUCUCUCUCUCUUUCUCUCUUCUCUCUCUCUAUAUAUAUAUGUGUAUAUAUGUGUAUAUAUAUAUAUAUAUAUAUAUAUAUAUAUAUAUAUAUAUAUGUGAAUGAAAGAACAAUUAAGAAAGCAGUGCUACUUACAAGCGUUUUGGAAAGAGUAGUUUUCUUGUUUUAUGAAAGGUUGAUCCAUCAAGUAAAGAAUGGGACUGACGAUGAAAGCACACAUUUGUGUUCAGUUUUUUUAAACACAUUUAUCUCUACUCACAUCACAUUACACAGUUUUCAAGCCCAGAUGAUUCCUUUUAUAUUACCAUGUAAAGAAAUAUUUUGUAUCUCUACAUAUGAAUUAGUUCACAUGCAGUGGAAAUUUUUCUUAAAGGUAUUUAUUCUCUAUGAUGAUUAUUGCCACCUCAUCUUCAUGUUUCCCAGCAUAAACUGCUGGACUAUAGUAGACCUACUACAAUUCUGACCUUACCUCUUGGUUCUCCAAUUAUUACUUUGGGAAAGUCUAGGACACCAUACCAAUCCUUUUUAUGGUGCUGUGAUAAUAAAUAUUCCUUCUCAUGCAUGUUAGCAUAUAUUUGUGAGCAAGUCACCACUGGCUUAACCAGAUUCCUGGAGCUGCUUCUAAAAUUAUUUGUUUAUUUACAUCCAGUUUCCAAAAUCUUGCAUGGCUUUAAUAAAAUGUGGGGUUUUAUAUUUUUGUUUAACUAUAGUACAUAAUACUAUACUUUUAAGAGAUUUAAAUUAUACACCAAAACCACAAAACUUUAUUAAUGGCCAUAUGUUGCUGAAAACUGAAAGGGAAAAAUACAUUUAAAUCAUAUUAUCUCACAUUUUACAGAACAGUGUAAAUUUUGUUGUUUUAGGUGAUUUUCCUAUCUAUUUUUAGGAAACCUUGCAAGCAAACAUUUAAUUUUGACACUGUACAGUUUGCCUAAGGAAUAUCAGUUCAGUUAGACUAUUGCGUGACAAAGUAUUAAAAUUCCAAAGAAACAUUUCUAAAUGGUGUAUUAUUCCCUUUUAGAAGUAAAUAAUGUAUUAUCUUGUUGUGAAGUAUCACAAAUUAAAUUAUAUUAAAUUUUAAAUAAAUGUAAAUAAAGUUGUUUAGUAGAAACUUCUCUGAAAUGUGCACCUUCAAUUUAUUGACCUUUUCUGCUGACAUAAUUAAUUGGGAAAAUAUGUUAAGCUACAUGAUAAUCAUUUUCAUAUUUUAUGGCAUUUUGCAUUGUCUCACAUAUCUUUUAGUGAGUAGGAUAUAUGUAAGUGGGAUAUAUGUUUCUAUGGGGUUUUGUGCAGAAUGCAUAUAUUUUUGUUCUAUUAUUUAAUUCAUAUCAAGUUAUCCUUUGGAUUUAUUUAUUUUGGGUGCAGUUUUGUCACUACACUUAACAGUUAGGUCAAGUUCAUCCAAAGCUCUGAAUAUAUAUUUAGCUUUACAUAUGUGAGCCAUUCCAGUAAAUUUAAUAAAGCUUCUGAAAUCUAACAUUAGAAGCAUGAUAAAAUAAUUUGCUGGAUCAUCUUCAUAUAUCAAGCAAAGUAACGCAAUACCUUUCAAGUUUAAAAAUUAUUUAUUGUAAAAUAAUGAAGGUGAAAGACUAGCCUGACUAUUCCACAGUACUUCACUUUUACUUAUUUUAGUUGAGUAAAGCUUCUCUUGAGAAGAUACAUUAAUCACUAUUUUCCUUUUCAGAUCUAUGUGUGACUUCUGUGCACCACUGACCCUCUGCAUCAUAACUUUUUAUUCCUGAUUUGAAUUAUAUCAGCAUCUAUUAUGUUGAAGUGUUUUGUGCAAGUCCUAAAAAGCCCUGCUGACUUUAUAAGAACAUACUCUAUGGUGUCUUUGAGGAUAAAUGGCAUCAAUCAGCAAAGUGAGUCAGUGGCAUUAGGCUAUAUUUCACAUGUACACCUCUAGAAGUUAUCUAAAUUUGAAGCCUUGAAACAUGAAUAAAACCUUUACCCUGCAUAAGAAGGGCAAAAGUACCUUGAGUCCAUACUUCAUGUGUCAUGGUACAGUUUGCUCAUUCUGAUGUUCUCUUACUAACAAUGUCUUCCCAGAUGCAUUGGAUGGUGUGAACACACAUCAUCAGGCAUGAAUUCCACAGGAUGAAGGAAAUCAAUUUGAAUUGUCAAAAAAUGAAGGUGAUGCAGAUGGUCACUGUAUAUUGCCAGUUGUUCUGUAACUCUGGAGUCUUUGAGAGGGAUUUAAAAAACAAACAGGCAAUCCGUUUUUAAAUUGUAAAAAGCUUCUGAGCUUCAUGACUGCCCUAUUUAUUAUGGGACACAGAGGAGCUUGAACAAAAGGAGAAUGGAACUUCACACCUGCAAUCAUUGUAUAGUGGAAGAGAAAAAAGGAAGAAAAUUACAGUUUUUAGUUUUGCCAAUAUGAAAAUAACAACUCUGUAAUAUCAGAUUUUGUAUUGGGAGAUCUGGCCAUUAGCUGUAUAAGAAUUGACUGCUCUGUCAGUUUUACUCUGUGGAGAAUAAUUAUAGACAAAAAUUUUUAGUUAUGUAUUUUCAAUCAUUGUAA